UUUGAACGCUUAUUGCUGGUGCCCUUGUGGAAGGGCAUCUUAUUUGAUUGGGCCAAACCCAAAGAGAGUGAACAAUUCUGGGGAGACAGACUGUGCAAGUUACUGCAGUUUGAGAUGGUGGUCGACAAGGAGGAGGGUCUGCAGAGGUAACAAGGUGUAGAGCUGGCUGAACACAGCAGGCCAAGCAGCAUCAUAGGAGCAGGAAGGCUGACGUUUCGGGUCUGGACCCUUCAUCAGAAAAUCAUUUGCAGAGGGACAGUGAUGGAAAUGUCAGCUUGAAUUAUCGGGGCUUACAGCGUUUGUACAGUUGAUAACCGAGAGACGUGAGAGCCGCCACCGCUGCUGCCUGAGCCGGGCUGGGACACACACGGCUCCGUCACAGCCGCAGCUGGAGCUGAGGCGGGGAUCUGCUCCGACACGAGCUGCAGGAGGCCUGAGGCCUGCUCCGUUACCAAGGAAACCGCGGCUAUGGCGGAGUGCGGCAGUGAGAGGGUGGAGGCGGUUUACCGGACCCUAGACCCGGUGAAAAAUCUCCGAAUCCGUGUAUGGCUUCAGCGGGUAACCCCGACAGCACUCUUCACUGAACAUGCUCUGCAGCCAGCAAUUCAACAUGGACAAAGUCUCAUUGAAAUGUCUACAUUUGACACCCAGUCUUCAAGGAGAAUAACCGACUGCAACUGUAUUUGUCGUUUUUUUCCUUCAUUUUUUAAGAUGGGUAUCGGACGCAUGACCAAGAGGAGGUUGUGGUGGGUUGGCAGGAAAAGCUAUUCAGCCAGUUUGAAAUUGAUCUGUUCAAGAACGAACAUGCCUGUCAGAGUCCUUUGGACUUUCAGUACCGCAAUGAAAUCCUGUCUCUGGAGGAAAUGGAAGAGAGGAAGAACUUCAGAAUCUUUACCUAUACUGACUUCGAUCGGUAUACCAACUUGGAAGAGGUACUGAAAUUCAGUAAUUUCUAAUUUUUUUACUACAAAUGAUCGACAAUUCGUCAGACCAGGAUCAAUUUGAAUUGCUUAAAGCAGACAAAUCCUGAUCUUUCAGUUAAUGAAAGCUCUGUGCUUUUCUGGAACUUCAAAACCAGAUAAUAUUGUGUGUACGGUACUCAUCGUAAACAUCUGAUAGUGUCUGUUCCUCAGGUACUGAAAAUUGAAUAAAAGAAAGUGAAAAAGUUUGAGGAGGGGAAUUGGAAGUGCAACCUGAUAUCCUGCUUGUGACAUACAAUUGUUUAACUGAAGAAUAAACGCUGUUGUGCUUUCCUGUAAUUGGAAAAUGUCUCUAGAAUAAGCAAAACAAUGUACUGUGGUUGAUUAACUUAGUGGUAGACAUGAUCUUGAGUAUUGAGCCACACCACCUGGUCAGAAAGAGAAUUGAAUAUGGAUGAAGAUGAACCUCAGGAGUAAACAAAAAAACUAUAAUUUAGUGAGUUAUAUUUUGCAUCAAGCUUCCAUUAUAGUGUCUGCCUCAGCUGACUCCAACUUUUUUUGGGGUCUUCUCCCAAAUACUUUGCUUCUUUGUGCCAAAGACUACUUUGUAAUCAAGACCUUGUUCCUUACGAAUGGGAAUAUUAUUUUUAUGCAUUUAAUGGUGAUUUGUUAUUGGAAAAUUUCUGACAAUUACUGUUGGUAUAAAUAGUAAGCUACAGAAUUAUUAGCAAGCUUGCUGAUGUUAGAAUAGCAGAAGGAUGUCACCAGAUGUUGUAAUUUGAGAUGCAUUACGUGAUCCUACAUUUUGCAAGCAUUGUGCAGUUGCAGUAUUGUUACACCUUUCUAUUUUGAUGUCAUGGAAAAUGAAUAUUAAAUUUAAGAGAAAAAUUUA